AUGCCUAACAUGAAUCCCGCGGUGAAGGACUCGCCACUGGAUGCCCCAGCAGAUGCCGGGGCGUACCAGGCCCUUCUGGCAGACAAGCUCAAAGUAGCACUCUAUGGGGCAGCACUUGCGAGUGCCAGUACGGUCCUAGUGCCGGGCGUCGGCUGCGGCGUGUUCAAGAACAACCCUGGCGAUGUCGGAGUCGCGCUAGCGGAAGCGAUUCGCGGCGCUAACGACAGUUUGUCGGAGGUCGUCUUGGUUGGAGUGCCGGAUGCUAUGAAAUCCGCCACAGCCAAAGCACUUGGAAGACAACUCUGA